GAUGGAAAGGGAGGAGCUAAACCACCACCUUGCCUUUACUUAAGGUCCCCUCCCACAGCGACUGGCCACAUUGUUGCUGUAUUGCUGUGCCCGCCAUGUCUGCUACCCAGCACAAGACCUCCCUGCCUCAGGGCGUCCGCGUGGGCACUGUCAUGAGAAUUCGAGGCGUGGUCCCUGACCAGGCUGGCAGGUUCCAUGUAAACCUGCUAUGCGGCGAGGAGCAAGGGGCAGAUGCCGCCUUGCACUUUAACCCGAGGCUGGACACAUCCGAGGUUGUCUUCAACACCAAAGAACAAGGCAAAUGGGGCCGUGAGGAGCGAGGCACCGGCAUCCCCUUCCAGCGUGGGCAUCCCUUUGAAGUGCUCCUCAUCGCCACAGAGGAAGGCUUCAAGGCAGUGGUCGGGGAUGACGAAUAUCACCACUUCCACCACCGGAUUCCGGCCGCGCGCGUGCGCUUGGUGGAGGUGGGCGGAGACGUGCAGCUGCAUUCAGUGAAGAUCUUCUAAGCAAGGACUCAAGGGCUUGGCGGGUAGGGGUGGGGGUGUAGGAUCGUAGAGGAGGGUUUUGGAUGGCGAAUAAAGUGUAGCUGUAGUUC